GGGACUGAAAACCAAGUGAGGAGAUGAAGGAUUGCACCGUACUACACCAGGGAAUACAGAGAGGAUAGACACCACAGACAGGUCCUGACCAUCACCCAAGGAACAACUGCACAACUGUAGGAAGACAUCCAGUCCCUUCACAGCAUUGCUCAACACAGAGAAAGUUGGGCAGUGAAACCAUCAUCUGGAAAUCGGUCGGGUCAGGGGAGCUUUGACAAAUCAUCAGAUCUGAAACUGGUCAGUGGUGUGGAGCCUUCCAUCAGAACCAACAUUUCCGAAGGUUCAUACAAUUUCCUAACACACAAGGUGCACCUGUUGUACAACUGUUAACACGAGGCCAGCCACAUGGUCGAGAAAUCACUCAAGUGUAAGGUUUGACUGAAUCUUCAUCGAUGCUCCUGAAUCACCUUCACACUCAUAGUGGGGAGAAGCUGUUCAAGGGUGAGGUGCGUUACAAGGGCUUUGUAUAAUCAUCAGGCCAAAUGUAUCACCAAUACCUUCACACAGGCGAGAAACCAUUUGUGUGCGAGAUUUGUGAUAAACGUUUUGUGAAGUCUUCAGCCCUCCUGAUGCACCAAUGCAUUCACAAUGGGGAAAAACCAUUCACGUGUGACGUGUGCAACAAAUCAUUCACACGGUUAUCAACCCUCCGCACACACCAACGCAUUCACACAGGGGAGAAACCAUUUAAUUGUGAAGUGUGUAACAAAUCAUUCUCGCGCUCAUCGACCUUCCGCACACACCAACGCAUUCACACAGGGGAGAAACCGUUCAAUUGUGAAGUGUGUAACAAAUCAUUCUCACACUCAUCGACCCUCCGCACACACCAACGCAUUCACACAGGGGAGAAACCAUUCGUCUGUCAGGUGUGUGAAAAAUCAUUCUCGGACUCAUCAACACUCUGCGCACACCAACGCAUUCACACAGGAGAGAAACCGUUCACGUGCAAGGUGUGCAAGAAAUCAUUCUCAUGGUCAUCGGCCCUCCGCGAACAUCAACGUAUUCACACGGGGGAGAAGGCAUUCGCUUGCAAGGUUUGUGAUAAAGCUUUUGUGAAGUCUUCAACCCUCCUGAGACACCAGAGGAUUCAUACGGGGGAGAAACCCUUCACAUGUGAGGUGUGUGAGAAGGCUUUCACCAACUCUUCCGACCUGCUGACGCACCAGAGGACCCACAGAGGGGAGAAACCCUUCAAGUGUGAGGUUUGCAAUAAAGCUUUUGUGACAUCCACAAAGCUCCUGGUUCACCAGAGGUUUCACACAGGGGAGAAACCCUUCAGGUGUGAGGUUUGUGAUAAAGCUUUUGUGACGUCUUCUACCCUUCUGAGACACCAUAUGAUUCACACAGGGGAGAAACCCUUCAGGUGUGAGGUUUGUGGUAAAGGUUUUGUGACAUCUUGGACACUCCUGAGACACCAGAGGAUUCACACAGGGGAGAAACCUUUCUUUUGUGAGGUGUGUGACAAAACAUUCUCGGUCGCGUCGAACCUCCAUGUACAUCAACAUAUUCACAAGAGGGAGAAGCCAUUCACAUGUGGAGUGUGCAAGAAAUCAUUCUUGCAGUCAUCGACACUCUGCAAACACCAGUGCAUCCACAAAGGAGAGUAACUCUUCAAGUGUGAAGCUUGCGAUUAAAGCUUUUGUGAUGUCUCUGACCCUCCUGAAGCACCAGUGGAUCCGCGCUGGUGAGAGACCAUUCAGGUGUGAGGUGUGUGACAAGGCUUUCACACAGUCAACCUGUCUCCUGGUCCAUCAACGUAUUCACACAGGGGAAACCCUAUCGGUGUGAGUUCUGUAAUAAAGCCUUCACACAGUUGUUGAACCUCCUGGAACAUCAGUGAACCCACACGGGAAACAAACCCUUCCAGUGUGACAUGUGCCAGGAUUGUUUGACCUACUCUUCGCUCACCAUACACCGAUUCUCUGUGUUGUUUACCCUUCAGUGCUUGCACAGGGGAGCUGUCAUUCCAAAGCACUGUCUAUCUCAGCAGUGCCUGCCUGGAGCCACCCAUUAGUCCAAUCGUUUCAGAAAGGCCAAGUUAACCUUUGACCAGGUCACCAAAAGAAGACAUCAAUAUGCAUAGAAGCUCCUGUCUAAACUCAGCAUCUUUUCAGUGCAGUGUCAGGUUCAAGUCACUCGCUGAUUCUCACUCUGACCAAGAAGGCAAUCAGAUACUCAGUGGUUAGAAAGGCUUCAGCUUCUGAACUACCAGCACAAGCACCCGGGGAAGAGCCAUUCCUGGGGUAGUAGUGGAGGGACUUAAAUUAGCCUUAGCAUCUCUGGGAGAAUCAGCCAGGAAUCCCGUUCCUUGUCAGUGACCCUGGCUGGGAAGUCUGGGGGAGGGCAGGAUAUCUCUCGGCUGUGACAGUCUCCAUUGUCUCACAACAUUCACUGUCUGGAUCUACAAAUGCUGAAUGGCCACUCGAACAGAGCACUAGAGGCCAAUCAAUGUCCACAGUCUGUACUCCAGGUCAGUAUCUUGAGGAUUGGGGGGAAUGUGAGAGGACAACAGCUUGUAUUUAUAGAGCACUUUAAUAUAGUCAAACAUCCCAAAGUGUUGCAUAGAGACAUAAUCAGAGAAAAAUUAACACCAAGACAAAGAAGGAGAUAUUAAGAGGGGAUGACCAUAAAUAUGGUCAAAGAGGUGCGAUUUAAGGAGGGACCUAAAGGAGGGGAGAAAUAUAAAGAUGCAGAGAGGUUUAAUGAGGGAAUUCAAAAGACCUCUUAACAACCAAGGUACAUCUGUUACAAGCGCUGUUAACACAAGGGCAGCUACAUGGAAGAGAAACCCAUCAAGUGUGAGAUUUGUGUUAAUGCUUUUGUGGUGUCCCCUAGUGUCCUGAGAUAUCAGAGGAAUUACACAGGGGAGGAACCUUUCAGGAGUGAGGAGUGUGACCGAGUCUUCACAUCUAGUACCACUUCCCAGCAUUCUCCCCAUAGCACAUUCUUCCUUUUCAGGUAAUACAAUUCCCUCUUGAAUGCCUCAAUUGAACCAUUGAAGCUGCCUCCACCACACUCUCAGGCAUUCCAGAUCCUGGAAUCACACUCACUGUGUGAAGUUUUUGAUGAGAUAACAUAGAAGUUUCUUUGUUUCUCCUGCCAGUUACCUUAAUACUGCACCUUCUGGUUUUCGAUCCUUCCACCAAGGGGAACAGCUUUCACCUAUUUACUCUGAUUAGAUCCCUCAUGAUCUUGAAUACUUCUAUCAAAUCUCCUCUCAAUCUUUUUUUUCUCCAGGGAAAACAGUCCCAACUGCUCCAAUCUAUUUAUGUAACUGAAGUUCC